AUGACGGGGAAAAGUACUCGUCAAAGUAUAAACGUUUCCCCUCCGCCGCUGCAGGUUAUCCUGGAGAGCAAGUCAGGCAGUGCAGAGCUGGAGCUCUUCCCUCGGUACCUCCUCUUCCUCCGCCAGCAGCCGGCCACGCGCUCCCCCCAGUCCAACAUCUGGGUCAACAUGGGUAUGAGCAGCCUGCGAAUGUUCCCACCGUAUUUACCCCCACCAAGAGCAGGAAGCGUGCCCUCGCCCAACGCUCCUCUGAAGAGGAUGCUGGCCUACACCGGCUGCUUCAGCCGCAUGGGCACUAUCAAAGACAUCCACCUGUACUUGUCCCAGAGACUGCGCAUCAAGGAGGAGGACAUGAGGCUCUGGCUCUACAACAGUGAGAACUACCUCACCCUCCUGGACGAUGAAGACCACACACUGGAAAGCCUGAAGAUUUAUGACGAGCAGCAGCUAGUUAUCGAAGUCAGGAACAAAGACAUGAGCUGGCCUGAGGAAAUGUCUUUCAUUGCCAACAGUAGUAAGAUGGACAGACACAAAGUUCCCACAGAGAAAGGAGCCACAGGCCUCAGUAACCUUGGCAACACCUGCUUCAUGAACUCCAGUAUCCAGUGUGUGAGCAACACCAAGCCUCUGACAGACUACUUCAUCUCAGGGAGACACCUCUAUGAGCUCAACAGAACCAACCCCAUCGGGAUGCGAGGUCACAUGGCCAAGUGCUACGGUGACCUGGUGAUGGAGCUGUGGAGCGGAACUCAGAAGAACAUCGCUCCGCUCAAACUCAGG